UUUUGGUUCAGACAGCGUUUUCUGCCUGGUGCGUGCCGCCAUAGAGUUCCUCUACCACGGUGCAAGAUCUUCUCAUGGCACCGCCUCGUCAAAGUCCGAUUGCUGGGCAGCCGACUGAGGACGAAAGGGAACGAUUGAGGCGGCAACGGGAUGAACUGUUCAACCGCUACGGGCGCCGCUGGAUCGCUGCGGAAGGGCGUCUUUCGUGGACCGUGUUGGAGCGGCCCCGAAGUGCCGAAGCCGUGGAGCCGUGGAUCGGUGCCAUCGCCGGGCUCUCGGAGGCGGUGCUGAGAGCGGACCUGGAAAAGGCGGACGACGUGCUGAAUUUGCAUUCCAAGUACAAUUCCAAGUAUUAUCAAGCCUUGCUGGAGACUUUGAAAGGAGAGCUUCUUCCGCAGCGUUUGACCGCCCUGGCAUCCUUGAGGCAAACGGGAAUCCCGGAGGCCGCGGAAGUCCUUUGCCUGUUGCUCUGGGAACUUUGGGCUCCCAUCGCAGAUGGCAAGUCCAAGCUCUGUGACCAAGAGACAAUACAGUUGCAGCGAUUGCUGGAUUUGAUGCAGAAGGCCAUCGCAGACUGGGAUCGAGUGAAGAAUCCAAACCAGAUCGAGUGGUGUGGCCACUUUUGCUCACCCAUUUGGUCGCUCCGGCAGAGUGCUGGCCGUGGUCCUCCGAGUCCUGUGGACUACGAAGUGGCCUUGGAGGAUUUGAGAGAUCUGGUGGAAAAAGUGCAAGACAUUCUGACCUCGAGGCAGCCCCCAGUGGAUCAGCCGGGCCAAGCACCAAGUGCAUCGGAAGUGCAAGAAGAAGUGGAAGUGGAGGAUGAACUUCGAACAAUGAGGCACGACUUGACUGACUUGAAGGGCUUGACGUUGGGUUUGAAGGAAGAAGUGUCGACAUCGCAUCAGGACAAGUUGCAGAUGAAGGAGGAAUUGGAGAAACUGAUGUCGGAGAAUGACACUUUGAAAUUCCAGAUGACCAAGAUGGACGACAGGUUGAAGAAGAUGGAAAACGAGUCUUCAGCUGAGAAAGAGCUGCACCAGAAGUUGGAGAGUGAAAACCUCAGGAUGAAGGAUGAGCUGAUAGAGCUGCAAAAUGAGAAGCUGAAGAUGCAGGAGGUAAAGUCAGACAAUGAGAGCUUGAAGCACCAAAUAGGCCAUGUUGAGGAUGAGAUGAAGGAGUUGAAGAAAGAGAUCAUGAUUGCUCAGGAAGGUCAGCAGAGUCUGGCGGAUUUACAGGUCAAAGUGAGCCAAGUAGAGCAGCUUGAGGAGACUCUCAAGAGACUGGACUCGGAAUUGCUGAGCACGAAGGCGGAAUUGCAGGAGUUCAGAUCCAAGCAUGACGCGUCCGGUGUGAAAGCAGAUCUUGAGAAGCUGGAGUUGAGAGGAGAGCUUCUCAACAUGAAGAAGGAUCUGCAUGAGGUGAGCAUGAAGUAUGAUCGAUUGACUGCCAAGGGCAACUUGAAGACAAAGAAAGACUUGGGUGAGUAUGGGGACUUGACGCUGCAUCAGCUAUUGCAUUUGUCUGGUUUGGCAAAGACCGAGUUCAGCGAUGCCUGCUCGGAUGCCUCUUGGGUUCAAAUCCAACAAGAUCAAGAGACACCAAUGCAGCUCAGUGCAAGUUCUGGCUUUUCUGUGGACACCAGCGGUUCACGCUGCUUUAUGCUCGAUACCAUCUUCAAGACACCCACUGGCUCCUUCUUGAGCGGUCCAGAGUUGUCGAAAGGCGCUGAGAUCCUGGCAGCCGACGGGUCCACCAUUUUAAAGGUCGCUUCCGACCCCGAGCAGCACACCGCCCGUGGAACGGUGAUCCUCGAGGCCCAGGAAGCCAAGCUUCAAGUGACCACCGACCACCGCGUCGUGUUGGCCACUGGUGACCUCGUAUCAGCUGCGCAGCUGAAAGUGGGAGAUGAGGUUGUGGCCGACGGCGUCCCGACGAAGCUGACCGCGGUGGACUUCGUCCCAGGUGAAGUGCCCGUGUUGAAGAUCACCUUCCAGCCGGACCUGCCAGUGGCGGUGUUUCAUCCUCGGCCAUGCAUCCAUAGCCAUGGCCAUAAGCCCAAGAAGACUCGCCGUGGUCGGACUGGGAAGUAUUUUCGUGCAGUCAAGGAUGGAGCAGAUGCCUGGAGUGUGCCUGACACACAGGGCUACCUGACUGAUUGAGCAGCAGAAGCUUGCUUGGAUGAAUUGGAGCUCAAGUUAACAGCGCUGAGUGCACUUCUCACCCUUCAACUUACUUCAAUUGGGAGGGAG